AUGAAUCCUGAAAAGACUUUCCAUAUGCGAAUAGUCAGUAGAAGUGACAAAGAUGGUAGGACGUAUAAUAUACCAACAGCUUCUGAGGUUGCUGCUUUGAUUCCUGGAGAUUUUAAUUUAGGAAUGGAUAAGCGCGAUAUUGUUCUACAGCACAAGUCUGGACGACUUACAAAGAUUGAUGAGAUUCAUAUAUCCUAUCUAGCCCUUCAAUAUCCUCUGUUAUUUGUGUAUGGGGAGGAUGGUUUCAGGGUCGGAAUUAAGAAGGGUGUGACAGAGGCUUCAAAGAAACUGAAAAAGGAUACUAUUAGUAUGAGGCAGUUUUUUGCUUUCCGGAUUCAAGAGCGAGAAAAUGAGUCACAUGCUCUGCUUUACUCAAGAAGGUUAUUUCAACAAUUCAUAGUGGAUGCCUAUACGACAAUAGAAUCUAACAGAUUGAGGUAUUUGAAGCUUAAUCAGACUAGCUUGCGUUCAGAUAGUUAUGACUCUAUCAAGGAGUCUGAAAAUGCCGGCAACAUAUGUAUGAAUGAACAAGCUAUGUAUACAGUUGAGUUUCAAAAAAGAAGUUUGCCACAUGCUCACAUUCUGCUUUUUAUGCAACCGUGCUCCAAAUUUCAUAAAACCGAAGACAUAGAUAAGAUUAUAUCAGCAGAGAUCCCAGAUAAGGCAUCUGAUCCAGCUCUUUACAAUGUUGUGAAAGAUAUGAUGAUUCAUGGUUCGUGUGGAGCUGCUAAUAUGAAUUUACCAUGUAUGGAAAAUGGGAGGUGUGAGAAAAAUUUUCCAAAACAAUUUGCUGAGAAUACUACAGUGAAGAAAGAUGGAUUCCCAGUUUAUAGAAGACGUGAUCUAUCUAACCGUUAUGUUGAGAAGAAUGGUUUGAAAUGUGAUAACAGAUGGGUCAUCCCUUACAACAAGAAACUCUCUCUUCGUUAUCGAGCUCACAUUAAUGUAGAGUGGUGCAACCAGACUGGUUCUAUUAAGUAUUUGUUUAAUUACAUUAAUAAAGGAGCGGACCGUGUGACUGUAAUUGUCGAACCACCAGGGCCACAAGGGGAUCAAACAACAGCAACGACUCAUCCAUCCUCAAAAUAUGUUUCUACUUGUGAAGGAUCUUGGAGGAUUUUUAAGUUUCCUAUACAUUAUAGAUCGACAGCGGUUGAGAAGCUAUCAUUUCAUCUACCAGGGAAACAAAACAUUAUCUUCAGAGGGAAGGAAAAAUUAAAGGAAGUUGUUGGUCGUAAACUCAUCGAAAACACAAUGUUCUUGGCGUGGUUUGAGUUGUGUAAGGUUGAUGCAUUCGCCCGGACUCUUACAUAUGUGCAUAUUCCCAACUACUACACAUAUUCGAAGAGCCAGAAGAAGUUCAAUAGAAGGAAACAAGGAUUUAGUGUUGGAAGAAUUAAUUAUGCCCCACGUAAGCAAGAAAGUUCUUAUUAUCUUAGAGUGUUGUUGAACUAUGUCAGAGGUCCUACGAGCUAUGAAGACAUUAAAACCUACAAAGAUGUCGUUUAUGAAGGCUACAAAGACGCAUGUUAUGCUCGAGGAAUAUUGGAUGAUGACCAGGAGUAUAUCGAUGACUUAGUGAGACGUAGUUAUGAUAGCUCUGCAACUGUGGUUCGUGAUCUUUUUGUUCUGAUGCUCAUGUCAGAUAGUCUAUGUCAGCCAGAGAAAGUUUGGGAACAGACUUGGGAACUGUUAUCCGAAGAUAUUGAGUAUUCACGCAGAAAGCAUUUCAACAGGCCAGGACUUAUUCUAAGUGACGAUGAGAAGAAACUAUAUGCUCUCAUUGAGAUUGAGAAGCUUCUUAAAAGGAGUGGGAGUUCACUUUCCUUAUAUGAAUCUAUGCCAAAGCUUCCUGAAAAUGCCAAACCUAUCGAAAAUGUUUUGAUCUUGGAUGAACUAAGUUAUGAUCUUGAAGAGAUGCAAUCCACUCAUGAUAUAGAUAUUAUGAAGAUGACUGAGGAACAAAGAAAGAUAUAUGAUGAGAUCAUUUGCGCUGUUCUAAAAGAUAGAGGCGGUAUGUUCUUUGUUGAUGGGUUUGGUGGCACUGGAAAAACUUUUCUUUGGAAACUGCUCUCAGCUGCGGUGAGAUGUAGGGGAGAUAUAGUUCUAACUACUGCAUCUAGCGGAAUUGCUUCUCUGUUGUUACAAGGUGGAAGGACUGCUCACUCCCGUUUUGGCAUACCUAUCAAUCCUGAUGAGUUUAGUACAUAUACAUUGCCUCAUGGAUCAGAUAAAGCUAAUUUGAUCAAGGAAGCUUCACUUAUUAUUUGGGACGAAGCACCAAUGAUGAGCAAACAUUGUUUUGAGUCUUUAGACAGGAGUUUGAAUGAUCUUAUGGGAAAUCACAGUAAAAAACCAUUUGGUGGAAAGGUUAUUGUGUUUGGAGGUGAGUUUCGACAAGUACUUCCUGUUAUUACUGGAGCUGGGAGGGCGGAGAUAGUGUUGGCUGCCAUGAAUUCGUCAUAUCUCUGGGAAUAUUGUAAGGUUCUCAAACUAACUAAGAAUAUGAGAUUGUGUUCAGACAAUCUAACAUACGAAGAGGCCAGAGAUCUAAAAGAAUUUUCGGAGUGGAUUUUGGCUGUUGGUGAUGGGAGAAUAGCUGAGCCUAAUGAUGGGGAUGCAUUAAUUGAUAUUCCAGAAGAGUUUCUGAUCAUGGACCCAAAAGACCCUAUAGAAACUAUAAGUCAUGCCAUCUACGGAGAUACUGAUUCAUUAAGAGGAAUAAAAUAG